UAUAGUGCAACACUGACUUAAUCUUUUAUCCGGUUCCGUCGGCCAUUAUAUUUCCAUUAUCGAGUUGUUCGUUCGCCGGGUCUGUAAGGUCGUCACAAGUGAAUGAAAAAUAGCAAAUUUGUAAUAGUCUCUCAAUAGAGAGAUACCCACUGAAGCGUUCACGAAUCUCGACCACGUAGGUGCUACACAGAACGAAAAAGCUUAAAUAGAAAAAUGCAGUACAACAGCUUUCAUAACCAGCACCCCAUUUUUAGACCACGCCUAGACCGGAAUGAACAAUUUGGUAAAAUCCCCUUCUAUAAUAAUGGGCUGCAUGAUUUUGGUGGUCCAAAAAAUUUUGCUCCCAGAAAUGGCAUGGGUAACAAGAACUUCAGACCCAGAAAUGAUUUUAAUGGAAUGAGAAAUGACUUCAAUGGCAUCAAAAAUGAUAACCAAAAUGAUUUUGGUGGACCAAAAGAUUACAGGCCAAGAAAUAAUUACAACAACCAAUUGCAAAAGAAAGAUUAUGAAGGGGAUAAGGCUGGAGGUAAUAUGCAGUUCUAUAAUGGAAAGAAUGAUUUUGGAGGACCUAAACAACAGAACUUCCAAAAGAAUUAUGGACCCAAAAACUAUAACAACCCUAACGGAAACAAUAAUGGCCAACAAACAUUUGUUCCUAAAAAGAUUUACAGCAACAGUUCUGUGUCUCCCACCAAUGAGUUUUCUGACAGGAAGAUGCAGAGUCGUAAAGCCAAACACCCAGGUGAAGCACUGACUAAACCUGAAUGGGAUAUGUCGAAUCUGGAUACCAUUCAGAAAAACUUUUACAAACCUCAUUCUAAUGUUGAGGCGAGAACUGAUGAUGAAGUCCAAGUUUUCCGUGCAGCCAAAGAGAUCACAGUUAGUGGGAAUAAUGUUCCUCGUCCUAACCAUAUAUUUGAUGAAGGUAAUUUCCCUGAUCAUAUUAUGACAACUAUUAGAGAACAAGGUUGGGAAGAACCUACUGGUAUUCAAGCACAAGGGUGGCCUAUUGCUUUAUCUGGUCGUGAUAUGGUCGGAAUUGCAUCCACUGGAUCUGGCAAAACUCUUGCUUAUAUACUCCCAGCAGCUGUGCAUAUUGUUCAUCAACCCAGGAUCCAGCGAGGUGAUGGACCUAUUGCCCUGAUUUUGGCUCCAACAAGAGAAUUGGCCCAACAAAUUCAGUCAGUUGCUCAGGCGUACAGUGCCCGCGGCUUUAUAAGAAACACAUGUUUGUUUGGUGGCUCUCCUAAAGGGCCUCAAGCCAGAGACUUAGAAAAAGGAGUGGAGAUUGUUAUAGCCACUCCUGGACGACUGAUCGAUUUCUUGGAGCGUGGAACUACCAAUCUACGGCGAUGCACAUACCUGGUGUUAGACGAAGCAGAUAGAAUGUUAGACAUGGGUUUCGAACCCCAGAUCCGUAAAAUUAUUGAGCAAAUCCGUCCAGACCGUCAAGUAUUGAUGUGGUCGGCUACCUGGCCAAAAGAGAUUCAGGCUCUGGCCGAGGACUUCCUAACUGAUUACAUCAAAGUCAAUAUUGGAUCAUUGAAUCUUUCCGCCAAUAACAAUAUCAAACAGAUCAUAGAAGUGUGUGAAGAGCACGAAAAGGAAAGCAAACUCAUAAACCUUUUAAAAGAGAUAUCUUCAGAAAAAGAUAACAAAGUCAUCGUAUUUGUUGAGACAAAGAAAAAGGUGGAUGAUAUUGCGCACGCAGUUCGCCGCAAUGGCCACAAGGCUUUGGCUAUUCACGGCGAUAAGUCACAACCAGAGCGAGACGCAGUUUUAACGGAGUUCCGUAACGGAUCUACCACAAUACUCAUCGCGACCGAUGUUGCCGCUCGUGGAUUGGACGUUGAAGAUGUCAAGUUUGUUGUUAACUAUGAUUAUCCUAACACUUCAGAGGAUUACAUUCAUAGGAUUGGUCGUACUGGCAGAUGUCAACAAUCAGGAACAGCUUACACAUACUUCACCAGCGGCGACGCCCGUCAAGCUCGAGCUCUAGUUGCCGUUUUACGUGAAACGGGUCAAAAUCCUCCCUCAAAAUUGAGUGAUAUGGCAAGAAACAACAACAAUAGCUCAAGUCGCAACCGCUGGCAACAACGCAAAGAAAAUAACAGCGGAGCCAGUUCACCACGUCAGAAGAAUAACCAGUGGAACAACAAGAUGGCGAUGACAACUCCCGAAGAUAACCAAAACAGUUACCAGAACCGCAACCCGAACCCACAAGCUCCGAGGUUUUCUAAUCAGAACCAGAACAACCAAGGGUACAGACAGAACACAUACCAAAAGACAGUGCCCUUCCCAAGUCCAAACGUAUUCGAUUCAAUGGGCAGUUAUCAGGGCGGCUACAACAACGGAUACCAGAACGCCUACAACAACCAAAAUGGAUAUGGACAACAUCCUCGUAACGGAGGACAACAAUACCGUAAUACAAAUUCAGUUGGAAACAAAUCUGCCGGAUCUGGAUCGUCCUACGGAUCGCCGCCGCCUCAUUUCGCCACCCCCCCACAUUAUCCACAAAUGCACCCACAUCACCAGGAAAUGUUGGGUGGUAAAUUCUACGGCGGUGGCGUCGGUGGCGGCGGCCCCUGCGGCUACCAGGCUACGGUGGGCGCGGGCGUGCCCUACCCCCACCUCCCCCCCGGCCCGCUGCUCUACGCCGCCCCAGUACAGCAGUAAAAUGUUUCCUUACUAGCCCCGACACUACACUAUAGGGCUUCACUAUCCUUCUCAACUGUCUGAGCUGUUACAUUCUCGUCAAUAUAGAAAUUGAUAUCGUACUUAUACAUUUGAUUGUCUUUGAUCAGUUUAAAUGGGGCGAUUUCUUAUCACUUUAUAAUAUUGAAUUAGAUUUAUUUUUUUUUAGAUCUGAGAUUGAUAACUUACAAACGUUCUAACAUAGCGUCGUUAUAAAGUUUAGCUCCUCUCGAUUAGAAAGUAAAUGCUGGAGGAGAAAGGCAACUGCUGUUUAAACUUUUCAAAAUGCUAAAUGCUUUGUGAAUUCUAUUUCAGAUCGUUUUAAAUAUAUUAAUAAGUGUGUUAGAUUUAAUAUUCGUUUAUUACUGUUGGCCACAUCCUGAGGUUACUGUUUAUUAGAAAAUACUCAAAAAUUGUUGGUGGUACUAAUAUUAAUCAUGUGGAAUGCAUUUAUAUGUAGCAUUUACAUGUUAUCUUAAUUAAAGUAUAUGAUACUUAACCAACGUGUUUCCAAUAUUAAUGCUUUAUAAUUUCAUGGUAGAUCAUUUAUUUCCGCGUCUUUAAAGCUUAGCGUGUGGAGUAAGAAGGUAUUUUAUAAAUUUAAUAGUAUAUUUAAUGUUUAACAUGUGGUCAGCAGAUAAUAAAUAGUUUUGGUGGAAUGUUGAAGUAAUGUAUUUCCACCUUUAAAUUUAAUCAUUAUUAUUGUUAGAGUAGUCGGUGUGGGGUACCCUCCUGUGUAAUCCCGGGUGCCUUUCGUUUUUAAAUGUCUGUAUGAUGUACGAAAUGCACGAAACAUAUAGAAGAUGAGUAAAUUAUAAGGGGGUGGAAUUCAAAGGGCAGAUAUAAAAUCUGAUAUUUUAUAUAAAUUAUUUUUAUUGUUAACGAUGAUCUUAUCCAGUGAAAAUGUGCGGGACAACUUAGUAUAAGAAAAUUAAAAAUGCUUUUGAUAUACUUUUAAAACAAUCUGUAUUGCCAGAUAAAAUUGUGAAUAUUUUUCUUAUGUAAUAUGACGUCGAUGACAUUCUGGUCGAGAUUUCAUGGUUAUAUAUUUUUAUUGAUUAUUAGACCUUGAGUAUUAUACCUAGCCGUGUUAGUCGGUGGGGCUGUCGGUGGGGCCGUCGGUCCGGCUGAGUUGGGUUCGGAAUGCAAUUACAAAUUAUUGUAUUAAUCUCACAGAAAAGCAAAUACAUAUGUAUAUACAAUGUGCAUUUAACAUAGAAACAUUAGUCUUUUUAUUCAUUGCAAAGUAAAUGAACAAUUACUUUCUUUUCUUAGUGAAAUAAGUGAUUUCUUAAUGUUUUCGAUUAUUUUUUUAUGAUGUAAAUUUCACGCAAUUCUAGUUUAUUACUGGAGUUUCUUUGUACGUAAAGGGGUUUCUAAAGGCUAAAGGUCGAGAUGGCGAGUCAAUUGGUACAAAACAAAUAAUUAUAUCGGGUAUUAUAUUGAAUUGUGUUAGAAGCCCAUUACUGUCCAAAGAGGAGAUCUGUGAUAUUUCAUUACUAUACCUGUCGUUGCGUUGGUCAAUUGUUAAUGCAUAAGAACACUUCCUCGGUGGGAAAGUGUGAACUCUAGACAAAAAUAUAUUUUUUGACUAUUUGAACGAAUUUCAUGAAUGUUUGUGACCUCAAAGCUUGCAAGUUGUUCACAAAUAUAUAUUAUGAUGAAUAGAUAUAAGAAUAUUUUAUUGUUAUUCAAUUUAGUUUUCCGUUUACCGCGAGGUGACGAAGUGGAACUUACCAGUUGAAGGGGACGUAAUAGUUAUUAUUAAGAAUCCCGUUAUUAAAUGCAUCUUAAAGAUACAAUACGAUAACAGUGAAAGACAAACGGGUCAGAGUGAUCAUUGGGUGAACGACUGUUGUGGGUCUCGCGGUUGUAUCGCAUUUAAGGUGCGAGAUUUACAUUAUAAGAGAAAGACUGCAAGGAAGAAUGUGUAAUUCGUGCGUAUAUCAUCUCAAAGAUGUUUUCCUAUAUACUAGCGCAUACCCGGUAGCGUCGUCAGUUGUACUGGCGGUUAUACAUUGAUGUUUAUUAUCAAAGGACAUGUGCAGCUGACGGACAGCCAGAGGGUCGGCUAGCGUUUGAGCAUUACAUGCGGAUAGCGUUUCGUGUUGAGAAUGGUCGUCGAUUGCAGGUAGCUCCUGUUUGAUGUACAAAGUACUGCACCCACCUCUACUAAACAACUGUGAUAAUAACACUAAGUAGCGUAGCAGGCGAUUUAUAUACUAGUUACGUCCAAGAGAAGGAAUGACAUCAUAUCUGACAUACUGUAUUGUGAUAGCAAAAUAUUAUAUCAAAACGUGUACACAGUUUCCACACGUAUUGAUGAAACUUUUUCUCUAAACAAGACUGAUUAUAAUUAUUUCUAAUUGAAUAUUUUAUACAUGUUUCACUUUGACUGAAUGAAUUAAGAUGUCUGUAUUUAUAUUGGUAGUAUUCUUGUGCUGUGUGUAUUCUCCAAAAUUUUUAUUAUUCACUAUGUUGGAUAUGAGUCAAAUCGCCUUUCUAAGCGGUGUCACCUAUGAAAAUGAUAUUCGAUUCCUAAAAUAAGUUAAUUUCUUUAUUUUUUCUUUAUUGUGAUGGUUGAUGUUGUUGACAAAAUGUGGCAGCGACAGAAAGAAAAUCUAACGUUAUAAAAUGUAUGUUAUUAUUUGUUGUUUAUUUACAAGAUUUUAUUUAUUCAACCAAGAUUAUCUCAUAGACAAUGGUAAUUUCAUGCUUUGCUGUAUACUAAAUAAAAGUAAGUUUUUUUUUUUUCUAAAGUUGUAGGUUUGUGAAAAAUAUACAUAGAUUUUUAAGUAUGUGGCAAUGCAGAUCUUCACAAAUAUUGAUUCUAUAACAAAGUACAUAGUUCAAUUUAUAAAGUAAAUAUAAAUGGAGAGUCACUCCGUAUUGAACUGUCCCAAAGGGAAGUCUUCUGAAUGUUUCUGAGAAGUGCAUUUCUUCUAUGUAAUACAGUAUUAAAUUCUGAUUAAUAAAUUGAUGUAUAAUAAAUA